AUUUUUGUCUGAAAACCAAAAAAAAUAUAUUUCCUUUGGACGGUCUCUCUUCUUCAAUCUCUCCACGAUUCUACCUUGCGUUAUCCCCAAAACUCGCAACCUUUUCUCUAUCUACAACACCAUGAGUCCUAUCGCCAUCACCCAGCUAGCCACAGGUCUUAGCGUCUUAGCCGGCGCGGUUUUAGUCAAAUCGGUUCUUGACCAAAAGCCUAUGGCCGGUGGUCCGUUCCCUCGCUGUCCGACCUGCAACGGCACGGGACGAGUCACGUGCUUCUGCUCUCGUUGGUCUGAUGGAGAUAUCGGAUGUCGUAGGUGUUCCGGUUCUGGUCGUGCGUCUUGUAGCAAUUGCGGUGGAACCGGAAACCGGCACCCUUUACCGGUUCAAAUCACGGUUCGGCCUCCUAGUCGCCCUUUCUGAUUCCAAAUGAUCUUCAUAUUACUUCUCUUCUCUCUAUGUCUGUAUUGUAAGUUGAGUAUAUGGCCCUGUUCGGCGCAUGAUCUUAAUCUGUUUAUAUGUAUUAUACAGAAUAAAUUUUAUAUAGCUUUCUUGAUUGUGUU